AUGGUUGCAGAGGGCACAGACACGUCUCAAGGUGUCGGACAGCUUUUGUCCAACAUCUCUGCCUGUACUGCCGUGGCGCAGACCAUUGCUACUACUCUUGGCCCCAGAGGAAUGGAUAAACUCAUCGUUGACGACAGAGGUCUGGCUACCAUCUCCAACGAUGGUGCUACUAUCUUGAGGCUUCUCGAUGUUGUCCACCCCGCUGCGCGAACUUUGGUCGACAUUGCUCGAGCCCAGGACGCCGAGGUUGGUGACGGAACGACGAGUGUUACUUUGCUGGCUGCCGAGAUCCUGAAAGAGGUCAGGCCAUUCAUCGAGGAAGGUGUUUCUCCCCAUGUAAUCAUCAAGGGUCUUCGAGAGGCCAAGUCUUUGGCUCUCAAUAAGAUUGACGAGAUUGCCGUCACAAUAGAUAAAUCCAACCCCGAGAAAUUCCGUGACCUUUUGAUGCAAUGCGCCGCCACCUCCAUGUCCUCCAAACUCAUCCAAACCCAGACCCCCUUCUUCGCCAACAUGGUCGUCGACGCCGUGCUCUCCCUCGACCAGAACGACCUCAACGAGUCUUUGAUCGGUAUCAAGAAGGUUCCCGGUGGUGGUAUGCAAGACUCCAAGCUCAUCAAGGGUGUGGCCUUCAAAAAGACCUUUGCCUAUGCUGGUUUCGAGCAGCAGCCCAAGAGCUUCAAGAACCCCAAGGUUCUUUGUCUGAACGUCGAGCUCGAGCUCAAGGCUGAGAAGGACAAUGCCGAAGUCCGGGUCAACGAGGUCUCCGAGUACCAGGCCAUUGUCGACGCCGAGUGGUCCAUCAUCUACCGCAAGCUCGAGGCCAUCGUGGCGACCGGCGCCAAGGUCGUCCUCUCAAAAUUGCCCAUCGGUGAUCUUGCCACCCAGUACUUUGCCGACCGUGACAUUUUCUGUGCUGGCCGAGUCGCCGACGGUGAUCUGAAGCGAGUCGUCUCUGCCGUCGGCGGUUCCAUCCAGUCCACAUGCUCCGACAUUGAGCCUCAUCACCUGGGCCAGUGUGGUGCGUUCGAGGAGAAGCAGAUUGGUGGCGAGAGGUUCAACCUCUUUGAGGAUUGUCCCGAGGCCCAGACUUGUACUUUGAUCCUCCGAGGUGGUGCCGAGCAGUUUAUUGCCGAGGUGGAGAGGAGUUUGCACGACUCGAUCAUGAUUGUCAAGAGGGCGAUCAAGAACAACAGUGUCGUCGCUGGUGGUGGUGCUUGCGAGAUGGAAGUCUCCAAAUACCUCCGAGGCCACUCGCGUACGAUCAUGGGCAAGGCUCAGCUGAUCGUCGGUGCCGUCGCCAAAUCCCUCGAAAUCAUCCCCCGCCAGAUCUGUGACAAUGCCGGUCUUGACGCUACCGACAUUCUCAACAAGCUCCGUAUGCGUCACGCGCAGGGCGAUCUCUGGGCAGGUGUCGACGUCGACGGCGAGGGUGUGCAGGACAACAUGAAGAGCUUUGUGUGGGAGCCGGCUCUUGUCAAGACGAAUGCUUUGGGAAGUGCGGUCGAUGCGGCGUGUUUGAUUCUGAGUGUGGACGAGACUGUGAGGAAUCCUCAGAGCGAGCAGCCCCAGGCGGGACCUCCCAUGCCCCGAGGAGCUGCUCAGCAGGCUCUGAGAGGCGGUGGCAGGGGUAGGGGCAGAUAG